CGUGUCCUUGAGCUUUCCAUUUCCUUCCUAAGAGCCAGUCAACAUCUGGAGCCCGGAUUUGCUCACCCUUUUUGCUGGGCAUCGUACUGACUGCCAUCCCAUAGGAGGGACAUCUGCUGGGCUCCAGCACUGACCACUAUCCCCUGGGGUAGAACGAGUGCCAGGCCCCGUGCUGACUGCCAUCUUCUCCCACAGAGGUCUGAUCCACAGCUGCUUGCCCAGUUCUACUAUGCUGAUGAAGAGCUGACGCAGGUGGCCGCGGAGCUGGACAGCCUGGAUGGGCGGAAGGACCCGCAGCGCUGCACCCUGCUCGUCAGCCAGUUCCGCUCCUGCCAGGACAACGUGCUGACCAUCAUCAACCAGAUUAUGGACACUUGCAUCCCUCAGGAGCGGGCUCCCAGGGACUUCUGUGUAAAAUUCCCAGAGGAGGUUCGCCACGACAACCUGGCUGGCCAGCUGUGGUUUGGGGCUGAGUGCCUGGCCGCUGGCUCCAUCAUCAUGAACCGGGAGCUGGAGAGCAUGGCCAUGCGGCCCCUGGCUAAGGAGCUGACACGCAGCCUGGAGGCAGUACGGGGCACCUUACGGGACCAGGCGCUGCGGGACCUGAGCACCUACACCGAGAAGAUGCGGGAGGCCCUGCGCCACUUUGACAUGCUCUUUGCUGAGUUCGAGCUCAGCUACGUCUCAGCCAUGGUCCCUGUCAAGUCCCCACGCGAGUAUUACGUGCAGCAGGAGGUCAUUGUGCUCUUCUGCGAGACGGUGGAAAGGGCUCUGCACUGCGGCUACCUCACCCAGGACAUGAUUGAUGACUACGAGCCUGCCCUCAUGUUCACCAUCCCUCGACUGGCCAUCGUGUGCGGCCUUGUGGUCUAUGCAGACGGGCCCUUGAACCUCGACCGCAAAGCAGAGGACAUGUCUGAGCUGUUCCGUCCCUUCCACACUCUGCUCCAGAAAAUAAGAGACCUGCUGCAGACGCUGACAGAAGAGGAGCUCCGGACCCUGGAGCGAAGCCUCUGCAUUUCCCAGGAUGUUGAAGACCCCGUGGCCCCAGCCCUUGCUCCCGCCUUCCCUGCCCCACUGCCACCCGAGGAGCUGCUCUCAGCACAGGCCCCGGAUGUCGAGGCAGAGCUGGCCUGCUCCAUGCAGUAUGACGACCAGGAGCUGGAGCAGCUCAGCCGCAUGGUUUGCCGGGCCGGGGACGAGAUGUCCUCCCUGCUAUCCCCGCCCAGUGCCAGCCAAUCUCCCGCAUAUCGGCCAGGUUCCCAAGGCAGCCCCCAUGGCCAGGCCACCCCAAGUCCUGCUCAGCCACCCACAGGGAGCAGCGAUGAUGAGGAGGGGCGGGUAUUUUUCAUGGACGAUGUGGAUGGGACGGCCGACAGUACCCACCACCAGGACACAGGGCUGGGCAGACGGGGGGACAAUCCCAUGGGCCCCGAGGUCCAAGAAGGGGACGUGAGUGACAACAACAACAUCCAGGAAGACAAGCUGCGAGCAGCAGGUCUGCUGGGCAGUGUUUCCUGUAGCUGCCUGGACAUACCUGUGGCCCCCGAGGGCUGGGGGAUAGGCACAGGCGAUGCGGGCACAGGUGAUACUGGCAUGGCCGAGAGGAUCGCCCACCGGACAGGGGGCAUGAAGCUCUCAGCCACUGUCAUCUUUAACCCCAAGUCACCCACGGCCCUGGACUCUGCCCUCCCCAACCCAGAAGCUGAAGGGUUGGGCAUCUAUGCCUCUGGGGGGCUGGUGGGGGACUCUGUGGGAGGUGCCCAUCCGUUCAGCACUGCUGCAGCCACCCACUGCCUACUCCAGUCAUGCGUAUGCUGCGGGGGCUGUGGCGGGUGCGAGGACACUGCCGAGAGCCUGCGGGAUGCUGAUGGCCCUGGACACGGCGGUGGUGGCAGUGCCUUGUCCGUGGGCACUGCCAAGGGCCCAGCUGCUGGACUGCAGGAUCCUCUGUCCAGGGCCACAGGGCCCUCAGAGAAUGCUCCGGACAUCCCCAGCCCAGGCCCUGUGCCAGGCAUGGAGGAUGAGCAGUGCAGCUGCCGGGGCAGUGCCCCGGUGCUCGGGGAACCUGAGGCUGCGGCUGGAUCCCAGGGCCAGGGGCUGCAGACACAGGCUCAGGAAGCAGCACAGCUGGGAGAGGGGCCUGGGGAACAGCUGCAGCGAGGGCCGGGCCCCAGUGACUCUGUGGAUAAGACGAGCCCCAAAGUGGCUCCCGUGGCCUCUAGAGAAAAGAUCCGGUCCCGCUUCCAUGGCAGCCACGACCUCAUCCAUCGCCUGUUUGUCUGCAUCUCAGGUGUGGCUGAUCAGCUGCAGACCAACUAUGCCAGUGACCUGAGGAGCAUCCUCAAGACCCUCUUUGAGGUCAUGGCCACCAAGCAGGAGGCUGACGACAAGGAGAAACUAAAGAAAGUCACGCAGAGCCUGCGCAGUGCAGCGCUGGAGGACUGUGCCCUGUGCCAGGAGAGCCCGCCGUCGUCCGAGCUGGCAGCCAAGACCCAAGAUGGGGCCCUGGAAGAUCCGCCCGAGUGGGUCCCCGAUGAAGUCUGCGGCGUCUGCACGGCCUGCAAGGCGCCGUUCACGGUCAUCCGCAGGAAGCACCACUGCCGCAGCUGCGGGAAGAUCUUCUGCUCGCGCUGCUCGUCGCACUCGGCGCCGCUGCCGCGCUACGGGCAGGUGCGCCCGGUGCGGGUCUGCACGCACUGCUACGUGUUCCACGUGACGCCCUUCUACCGCGACAAGGCGGCGCUCUGACCCGGGACCG